AAUAAAAACAGAACGUGAUGUGCGCAGACACAAAAGGAAGAAAGAGAGAGAUAAAGAAAGAAAGAUAAAGAAGAAGAGAGAGAAAGCCAAAAAAAAUUAGAGAGAGAAAGAACCGUUUGAGAUUUUUGUAGACGUUAUCGGACUUCAAAUCUGUAAUUCACCGGAAUUUGGGAACUACGAUUGCGUCCGAACCCUAGGGUUUCCACUUUCUUCCAAAAUUCGUAUUUCAAUUUCGUUCUUUUUUGGUUUUAACGAAGUUUCGUGACGUUGUCACGAAGUUAAACGACGAAUUCGUGAUUCCAGAUUCGAAAUUCGAAGUUUCGUUCUUGCUCAGUUCAGAAUUUGGUUUUGGUUGCUGUGGUGAUGUUUACGCCGCAGAGAUUAUGGUCGGGUCCGGGAAACACGCCGAACAAAAGUGGAGCGCGUGGUGUAACCGGGUCGGGUCUUGUUUCGGGUGAUGUGAGUGGUUCUAAAGGGAAAGGUAUUGCUGUUGUUGAAAAUGGUGGAAAUUUGGAUCGUGAGGUUUUGGUUGAGAGGGUUACAAGCCUUGAGAAAGAGCUUUAUGAGUACCAAUUCAAUAUGGGGCUUCUCUUGAUUGAGAAAAAGGAGUGGAACUCUAAGUAUAAUGAUCUCAAUCAAGAUUUAGUGGAAGUCAAGGAUGCUUUGGAACGAGAAAAAGCAGCUCAUUUAUUUGCUCUAUCCGAGGCAGAAAAGCGAGAAGAGAAUUUGAGGAAGGCCUUGGGUGUUGAGAAAGAGUGUGUGCUUGAUCUCGAGAAGGCUCUGCGAGAAAUGCGGUCAGAGCAUGCAAAGAUUAAAUUUGCAGCUGACUCGAAGUUAGCUGAAGCUAAUGCUUUAAUAGCAAGCGUUGAAGAGAAAUCUUUAGAAGUUGAAGCCAAGUUACGCUCUGCUGAUGCCAAACUUGCUGAAAUCAACCGAAAGAGUUCAGAGGUUGAUCGGAAAUCACAUGAUCUCGAGGCUCAGGAAUCUGCACUUAGAAGGGAACGUCUAUCCUUCAUUGCAGAGCAAGAAUCUCAUGAGAGUAAUUUGUCUAAGCAAAGAGAGGACUUACGAGAAUGGGAGAAGAAACUACAGGAUGGAGAAGAGAGAUUGGCCAAGGGUCAAAAAAUUCUCAAUGAAAGAGAGCAGAGGGCUAAUGAGAUUGACAGAAUAUGUCGGCAGAAAGGGCAGGACCUUGAAGAGGCACAAAAGAACAUUGAUGCAGCAAAUGUAACAUUGAGAAGCAAAGAAGAUGAUGUAAACAGCAGGCUCGCAGCUAUAACCCUAAAUGAGAAGGAAUGUGAUUCUAUGAGAUUGAAAUUGGAUCUCAAAGAGAAGGAGCUAUCUGAAUGGGAGGAAAAACUGAAUGCCAGAGAAAAGGUUGAGAUUCAGAAGCUUGUUGACGAACACAGCGCUGUCCUUGAUGUGAAGAAGCAGGAGUUUGAGAGUGAAUUGGAUGAACAAAGAAAAUCAUUUGAAGAGGGAUUGAGGAAUAGAUUGGUAGAAGUGGAAAAGAAAGAAGGUGAAGUGAAUCACACAGAGGAGAAGGUUGCAAAACGGGAGCAGGCUUUGGAAAAGAAAGCUGAAAAGCUCAAGGAGAAAGAGAAUGAAUAUGAAGUAAAAGUCAAAGCUUUGAAGGAAAGGGAGAAGUCUAUUAUGUCUGAGGAAAACGACUUGGGGAAGGAGAAGGAUAAAAUAGAAAGUGAGAGAGAGGAAUUGCUCAACCUCAAAGCUGAAGUUGAGAAAUUAAGGGCCAACAAUGAAGAAGAGUUGUUGAGAAUUAAUGAAGAGACUAAUCGCCUUCAAGUGACCGAGGAGGAGAGGUCUGAUUAUUUACGUUUGCAGUCACAACUGAAGCAUGAAAUUGAUCAGUAUAGGCUUCAGAAAGAACUGCUGAUUAAGGAAGCUGAUGAUUUGAGGCAGCAAAAAGAGACUUUCGAAAGAGAAUGGGAUGAGCUUGAUCUAAAGAGAGCAGAUGUGGAGAAAGAGCUGAAAAAUGUGCUUCAACAGAAAGAAGACAUUUUAAAACUACAACAAAAUGAAGAAGAGAAGUUAAAUAAUGAGAAAAAGGCCACAGAAGACUAUCUACAAAGGGAAUUGGAAACUCUUAAGUUGGCUAAAGAGUCAUUUGCUGCUGAAAUGGAGUUGGAAAAGUUAAGCCUAGCUGAAAAAGCUCAAAAUGAGAAAAAUCAAAUGCUUCUGGAUUUUGAGAUGCGGAGAAAAGAACUUGAAGCUGAUAUGCAGAAUCAGUUAGAGCAGAAGGAAAAAGACUUACUUGAAACAAGGAAGUUAUUCGAAGAGAAGAGAGAGAGUGAAUUAAGCAAUAUCAAUUUCUUGAGAGAAGUGGCUAAUAGAGAAAUGGAAGAAAUGAAACAUCAAAGAAGUAAAUUAGAGAAGGAGAAACAAGAUGCAGAUGAGAAUAGAAAACAUGUUGAAAGCCAAAGGAUAGAAAUACAAGAGGACAUAGAUGUACUGGUUGACCUCAACAAGAAGCUGAAAAAUCAGCGGGAACAAUUUAUUAAGGAGAGACGUCGCUUUAUUGAUGUUGUUGAGAAACUUCGGAGUUGCCAGAACUGUGGCGAAAUGAUUUCUGAAUUUGUGCUGUCUGAUUUACAAUCUUCUGCUGACAUUGAGAAUUUAGAGGUGCCCUCUCUUCCAAAAUUGGCUGGUGAUAUUACACAGGGUGGUUCUGAUAUAAAUCUUGAUUCUUCUAGGCAAAAUACUGGAGUAUCCCCUGCAAAUGAUACAAAGUCCCCUGUUCUUGGUGGAACUGUCUCUUGGCUACGUAAAUGCUCUAAGAUUUUCAAGAUCUCUCCCAUUAAAAAGAUUGAAUCUGAUGUUGACAGUUUAAGGGAUGUGGAUACCUUGCCAAUUAAGAAUACCAAUGAAGAUUCACCAGCAAACAUUCCUGGCACCGAGAAUGAAGCAGAGUUGUCUUUUGCAAUUGCGAAUGAUUCUUUUGAUGCUCUGAGGGUACAGAAUGACAAUGAUAUCACAGAGGUUGAAGCAGACCAUGAUCCUUCUAUUGACAACCAGGGCAACAUUGAAACUAACACACCAGAUGAUUUACAGCUUCCCGAUUCAAAGGUUGGGCAGCAGAAACCUGGCAGGGGAAGGGGAAGGGCCAGAGUAAAGCGCACACAAACUGUAAAAGCAGUUCUCAAAGAGGCUGAAGCUAUUCUUGGGAAAUCGAAAGCUGCUGAGGCAGUACCUGGGGAAUCUGUGGAUGAUCGUGAGACUGAUUUUCCAAAUGGAAAUGCCGAGGAUUCGGCCAACAUGGAUUCUGAAAGUCAGAAACCAUCCGGCAAAAGAUCAACGGCUAAUUUGCGGAAGCGAAACCGGGUUCAAACAUCUCAAGUUACUGCUAGUGAGCAUGAAGGGGAUGCCAGUGAAGGGCAUUCUGAUAUACCAGGACAGCGCAAAAAGAGGCGACAGAAGGCUGCUGCUCCUCCUUCACAAACUGCUGGUGAAACAAGAUACAAUUUGAGGCGACCUAAAACUGGAGCAACAACUUCAUCUGUUCGAGGUGUGUCUGGUGGCGGCAAAGAGAGUGAGGGUGAGGUUGGACGUGUAAAAGACGGAGGAGCAACAACUUCACAUUCAGUUGGCAUUACUAAUGAGGAUGGUGGCGGCAUAGGUCACGAUCAGAAGGUAGGGGAGACGCAGGAUGGUUAUACAAGGACAUUUGCCAGCAACAUGGCUGUGAGUGAGGAGGUGAACGGAACAGCAGAUGACGCGGCGGAGAAUCAUGAUGCCGAGUAUAAGAGUGAAUCCCGUGGAGAAGAUGCAGGCCCAGUCGACGACGAUGAUGAGAAUGAGUUUGAUGAAGAUUACCAACAUCCUGGUGAAACUUCAGUGGGGAAGAAGUUCUGGAAAUUCUUAACAACAUAACACUAUACCAGCUUUUUGUUACAGGAGCUUUGGUUUGUGUUUUGACCUCAUCAACUUUAGAGAUGAAGUCAGAAGUUGUGUCUUGUAUUAACAAUUGGAGUUAGAUCCCUUAGCUAUAUAUAACCAUGGAGAGGUACUUAGGAAGGGUGAUUGAAUUUCUUUAGUAUUUUCAUUUCCUGUUUCUAUGGAUAUUUGUUGAUAAUUUUAGGCAUUGGACAGUGUAGCUACUAGCUUAGUGAUUGGAGUUUUAGCCUCAUCCUUAUGGAAAUUGAUUGUAUCCUAAUAUCUGUACUUUGUUGCCUAGAAUGUGAUUGUUUGAAUUUAAUGAGGGUGUUUUCGUAUCCCAUUAUUGGGUUGCCAAUUUAUGUUUUGA